CGUGUUCGGUGUAGGUGACGGCAUCACGGAUAACGUUCUCCAAGAACACCUUCAGAACGCCUCGUGUUUCCUCGUAUAUAAGUCCGGAGAUGCGUUUUACACCGCCACGACGAGCCAAACGGCGGAUAGCUGGCUUCGUGAUACCCUGGAUGUUGUCACGCAGCACUUUGCGAUGACGCUUGGCGCCUCCUUUUCCCAAGCCUUUGCCUCCUUUACCACGACCAGUCAUAUUUCACUUCUCUUCUCUACUGUUAACACACUGCACGAAACACGAGCGAGUCCGAACGAUAUGUUCGUCUCGCUCUCCGCUCGACAACUGAGAUGGACUCUGCUUCCCUCUCUUUUCAACCCUCCCCGUUUUGCUAUAUAAGGAGGUAGCAAAUGCGGCUAUCGUUUAUUGUGUUUUGAAACGUGAAGUGAACGUGAACAGCAGUGAAUUCGAAAAUGGCCCGUACCAAGCAAACCGCUCGCAAAUCGACUGGUGGCAAGGCGCCACGCAAGCAACUGGCUACAAAGGCCGCUCGCAAGAGCGCCCCCGCCACCGGAGGCGUGAAGAAGCCUCAUCGGUACCGCCCUGGAACUGUUGCCCUGCGUGAGAUCCGUCGAUACCAGAAGAGUACCGAGCUGCUGAUCCGCAAGCUGCCUUUCCAGCGUCUGGUGCGUGAAAUCGCUCAGGACUUCAAGACUGACCUGCGAUUCCAGAGCUCGGCGGUGAUGGCUCUGCAGGAAGCUAGCGAGGCCUAUCUAGUAGGCCUCUUUGAAGAUACCAACUUGUGUGCCAUUCAUGCCAAGCGUGUCACCAUCAUGCCCAAGGACAUCCAGUUGGCCCGUCGCAUUCGCGGCGAGCGUGCUUAAGUCGAGACGGCUUCAACUGGCUGCCAGUGCGCUUACAUAAUUUGUACAAAUCGGUCCUUUUCAGGA